GCCGAGCGGAAUUAAUACCCUCGCCCCGGGUUUACGCUCGGAACGGCGCUUUGCGCCGUUGGCUCGGGGAAUUAAGAUGGCAACCGCAAGUACCCCAUUGUUUAUUUUCCUUUUUUCCAGAAAGACGGCGAGAAUCAUGGACGGAAACUUCUUUACGCGUGUCAUGAUUUUCAUUGCCCUGAAUUAUUUCACAGCUCAAGUCUCUUGUCAACAAAGCAGAUGCUCGGGUAUAGGUAACUACUGUUCUGGCCAAUUUGGUGACAUGAAGGCCGUGUGUAAAGGCGGUUAUUGCUACUGUUCUGGCAAAGACUAUGAUUACAAUACAUGUUUGCGUAAGUUAAUUGUUUUCUUGGCUUGUGUUUGAUUCUAGAGAAACUUCGAUUAAUUUGCCGAUAAUCAUCGGCUCUUCCUUAAUUAUGGGCAAUUAGGCCGACUGUGAACAAACUAGUUGCUCUAUUGACCCUUUACUCGCUGGGUAUGAAGCAAGUGAGGUUGCGUACGCGGCUGUCUCAGAGACAAACUAAUCUGAGACAGCAUCUCUGAAAAUGUCUCUGAGACCGUCUAUUGCCUCUGAGACAAUUCUGAGAGACAAUGGUUAAUGCGUUAAUGCUCAAAUUUAAUUGAUCCAUUGACGAAUUCCAAAAGUCAGGCAACUGAAGUCGCAUUUCUGACUUUGAUGAAAAUGAUUAAACACAACAUAUAUAUCACAUAACCCGAACGACGAAGGUCAGUAUUUGAAACAAUUCAAAUAGUAGAAAAUAUGAAUUGUUUACAAGUACCACAGGCCAUUGUGCUACUCUUGGGUCAGGAAAUAACAUAAAAAUUGCUUUAAGGUUGUUUAAAUAGCCAACACUGUACCUUAUUGUUGAUUGUUGAUGAAAAUCAAGCAAAUAUGCUUACUUACUGGCUUGCCAGUUUUACCCAUGCAUUUAUAGUUUGAUCCUGUGAGAUAUUUGUUUCGACUACAAUAUAUAUUUGUUCGUAAACUCGAGCAGCGAAAACUUGUCUGUAACUUAGCUUUCAAUGUUAUUAAAGUUCCACGCGUUUGGCAGAGUGGGGGUUUACAUUUAGAAAUGUUUUUAUACCUGUAGCUCGUUAAUUUUUUGACAUUUUAAGCGUGUAAAUUGCAACUAAUAAUAGCCCGAUCUUCUAGGCCUGCUCGCAUCACUCACAAAAAUCCCCAAAUGUGCCUAUUCUCCCCCAAAUUUUAUUCAUAGUAGAUCUUAUCAGGGUCGUCCUCAGAAAGAAUUCGGGGGGGGGGGGGUGUGAGACCAUUCCUACCGAUCCAUGGGCGAACUUGUACAGACUGAUUUCUAACAAUGGUAACUUAAUAUAUGAAUCUUUGAUUAGAGGUGUGGAUGCGGUUGAUCCCUGCUACAAAAUCCACAAUAUAAAUGUAACAGUGGUAAUUGAAAAUUUGUUCCCCUACAGUUUUAGGUCUUUGUGGCUCCCUACAGUUUUAGGUCUGUGUCGCGGGAAUUUUGUCCACGCGCGAUUAGUAGUAACACGCGCGAGAUUAGUAGUGCUACACGCAACACACGUGGUCGACGUUGCACGCUUGGCGGGGUUUUUAAAAUUGCGUCGUGAUAUACACGCGCGGGCCUUCGUGGGAUUGUCGGCUGGUCUCGCGAGGAAAUUGAAAUCCUGAUUUUUGGGACGUCACAUAGAUAAAAUAAAUGUAUUUUUCUCGUGUUUCCUUCCCGUAAAAUUUUUUAAAACUUCACACACUUUCCUGUAAUCUUGAAGUGCGUAAAAUAUACAAGUUCUAAGAAAAUCGUACGAGCCGAAUUUUUUAUUCCGAAAAACAGAGCUUUUUGAGUAUUAAAAAAAAUUCUCGUACGAUUUUUUUUAAAUGCUAUCAUUUGAAGGAAUUAUAGAUAACAUUACUGUGUGCAAAAAAUUAAAAAGUUUUACCGAAGAAAUUUUCAAAAAAUUAUAAAAGAAUAUGCAAAUUGGCCCUUUUUAAAAUCGCUUUGUUACCAUGGCAACGGGGAAUUUUAACGACAUUUUUUAUUUUUCGUAAUUCUCGCUAUUGUAGCAGUUACGUGGCCGAGUUUCGUGAUUAUACUUUGCAAGAUGAGAAAAUAAUGGGGUUUUUAAUACAAUUGUGUGCUUUAUAAUCAAAACUGUAGGGAGCCACCUUAAGGAAGAACGCCUUGCUGACCGUUCACGUUUUACCGACUGCGGAAUAUCUUUUAUGUUGUUAAAAAAAUAUUGAUAUUUUCCUAAGUUUAACAGGUUGAAAAGUUUGUCGGCAACAUUUUCAAAUUAAUUAAUCAUUGAUAUAUUUUCCUUUGCCGACUAAUUUAGCGGUUCUGCCGACUGAACAUCCGACUUAAAUUUCUGGGGGCGUCCCCCCCAACACACACGCACACAAAUCCGUAGCCCGUAUUUUUGAGUAGCAGUCUUCGUCUAUUUUCGCUCUCUCCUGAACUCAGCUGUCUCGUCAAUAGUAACUAUGACUUCUUUUUAUCCCAGCUGAUGCAUAUGGAUGUAAAAUUGUUACCGAUUCUGACACAGCCCUGGGAAUACCACUUUAUACAACAGGCACUGUCGGUAAAAUUUACAGUUGUUCUCCUGAUAGCAAUUCAUCUCAGUACGAAGUCCACGUAUUGGCUGUGUACGAGGUUAUCAACAGACGUCCUCCAAAAGCUGGUAAUGCUAGAGUCAAUAUCAUCAGUCGUGGAAAAUCCAACAGACCUAUUGUACUUGUACUCGUUAGCUACGAACCUGUAAAGUGGAUUCUUAAUAUACCAUCUGACAUUACCAUCAGUAAAGUCAUCCUGGUUAGUACAAAAUCUUUUCAAAAUCUUCUAUGACCUUAUGAGAUCGUGUAAGAUCUUGUGUGAGUCUUGCUAUGUUACUGUAAAAAUCUUCCCAUAUUUUUGCAAAAUCUUUCAAACAUCCUUGAAGAUCUAAUUGACAACAUCAUGCAUGGUAGCAAACUUUUAAAUGGGCUCCUAAAUACCAGCUGAAAUUACCAUUAACUAGUGAAGUUAACCUGACGAGUGCAAAAUACACUAACAGUAAGACCUAAGUGACUUACAGAAACCAUUCAAGGCUCAAUAUAACGGCCACUUAACGGACAACGACCGGCCAAAAUUGCCUCUUGAUAGGUCACUUUUCACCUCACCAGCCGUUUUGAUCGGACACGUUUUCGAGAGGUUCCACUACAUUAUAACUUCAUAACUUCUUUCAUAACUUCUUUUAUGAGAGGUUCCGCUACAUUUUAAUUUCAUCGCGAGUACGGAAUUUCACAGUAAGACGUCAUGUUAUGUACGUCAACACCAUGUCGUUGUUUUUUGUAGAAAAAGCAAGUAAUAUCCUGGUUGAACUUAAAAUGUUUCGAUUUUCUUCCAUUUAGACUGCUUACCAGGAUUUUUUUUAAAAGCGACUGUACUAAUCACGACAACGUUAACUGUUCACUUUUAUAUACAGUAAUUGCCAGUGUCUUGAGGGUUUAAAACAUUAUAAAACAAUUGAAGAUGUAUUUCAAAUUAAACUUUUUUCACUGUAGGUGUGCAUGUAUGGGUAUUAAUUUGUGACGACCGGUCAAAUUGUCAAAACAGAUGUUGAACGAGCUAAAAUCAAGUUGAAAUCUAUCGAUCGUGAUAAUGAGCCCCGCCAUGAACUAUUAUUAAAAAACUCGAGUGAAAUGCAGAGAAAAAUAUUUCUGAGGUGAUACUGUUAACAUACUGUUAACUAAGGUAAUCGCAGGAUUCGAACGACAUCGAAGUCAGCUGCAGACUGUUCACGUGCAGAAUUAAAUUUACGUAAAUGUUGGAAUUGAUUUACUUGAUUGCUCAUUGCCAAACAAAUAAGUGAGUACAGUAGGAAUGGACUAAAUUGUUCAUAUAUGUUAUGUUAUAUAGGUGUCUCAUUAUAUACUAGAAAGUUCUGUUAGUGGAGACGUGAGUCGAGUGAAAAAUAUUGAACGAAUUGGAACGAUAAAUUCAGAGUGGUCUACCGGAUAUGGAAGUGACUUGGGUGGAGGGGGAACAGUUAAGACUCUGAAGUAAGUAAACAGCUGAAUAGGGAUGUUAUUUAUGUAUAUAUAUAUAUAUAUAUAUAUAUAUAUAUAUAUAUAUAUAUAUAUAUAUAUAUUUUCGUUUUACCUCAAAAAACCACAACAGUCUGUUUCAUCCGUAUAGGAAUCAUCAGGUGGUGGACCACCUGAUGGAUGAAACAGACUGUUGUGGUUUUUUGAGGUAAAACGAAAAACUAUAUUACGCUCUAUCUAUAAGGUAUUGAGCACUUUUUGUGUUUCGUAAACCAAAAUCUUAAGCUAUAUAUAUAUAUAUAUAUAUAUAUAUAUAUAUAUAUAUAUAUAUAUAUAUAUAUAUAUAUAUAUAUAUAUAUAUAUAUAUAUAUAUAUAUAUAUAUAUAUAUGCAGUUCCCCGGCACAGAAUAGGAAGGUAUACAGAAGUCUCACUCAAACAAGUAUUUGUCCGCGUUUUUACAAGUGAUUCGUCAUCAAUCCUAGCUAGUACAACCGGCACUUUGUACCUACCAAAACCUGAUAAAAACUUCCAGCUGCACUAGCUAGGAUGGCGUGGACGUAAAACGACAAAGGCACCGACUCAAGUUACACUUCUGCUAUACUUUCCUAUUUUGUGUCCUCGGGGAGAUAUGAUCGAAAUUCAAAAAAAAUUUCACUUUCAUAAAAUUUCACGAAAAUUGUUAUUACAAGUUUAAUUGAUAAACCAAAAUAUAUUGUUAUUUUUAAUCUGAAAAUUUUAAAAUUUUAUUAAUCGCUACACACUGUUUCAUGCUUUCGAAGCUAUCUUCAGGCGAUUCUACUCAAAGUAGUUUGCUUGCGCAAUUAUUCAACGGUCCGCUGACACGAUUGCAUCAUGCGCGCGUGCGUUUAAAAUUCCGCGCGCUAAAUGAGUUUCUGUGGCGGCAAUUUGAAAAUAGUUCUGUUCGUUUGUUCAACAUUCUAUCUUCGUGCGAUUUCAUUAAAUAAAACUUCUCCUCUAAGCAAAGAUUGCAAGAAUUUUCACCUAUCGUAUAGGGUGAAGCAUGCGACAAAACCGACCACUUUAUAGUAUACGGUCGGUACUUUGUUUUAGCUUCCAUGCGUACUUAGAAAGUUCAGUUUCGUUUGAAUAGCGAGGUGAGUUGAUGGAUUUCUUGUGGUUAUGGUUGUAAUUUCUUGAACAAGUCAAUAGAUGUAAGUGAACGUAUACCAAGAGGAAGACUAUUUCAAAGAUGAGGUGCAGCCGCGUGAAAGGAUCGAGCACUCAAGGUAGUAAGCAUCCUGCCUGCUGAACAUUCCAGUAGAGUGCCACUGUUAGAUCUUAAGUUGAAGGACGACUUCGAUUUAACAUUUAUGAGAUCCUUAAUUAAUAUAAGAUGGUGCUAGAUCGUGUAUAGCUUUAAAAGCAAAUAGUAACACCUUGGAUUGUAUUCUUGCAUGUACCGAAGCCAAUGUAAUUCAUACAGUACGCGCGUAAUAUGAGAAUAUUUCGGAACGUCCAUUACUAAUCUUGCAGCGGCAUCCUGAACACGCUGUAGUUUAGAUAUUUACUUUCCAGGGAGACCGUAAAAGAAGCUAUUACAGUAUUCGAGCCUGCUGGUGAUGAAAGCAUGUACUAGGAUUAGAUAUUCCUUAAUUCGUCUGAUAAUAUGCAGGUGAAAGAAGCAGGCUUUACAUACUUUUGUGAUAUGAGUCGUCAUGUUUAAGUUCGAGUCCAACCAGCUGCCAAGGUUCUUAAUAUGCGAGCUAGGAGAAAUCACAGAAUUAUUAACAAAAAAGCUGAUAGGCUGAAGUUUACAUAAUUGAUGACGAGUACCAAUGACCAAGAAUUCAGAUUUGCCAUCCUUCAUCAGGAGUUUAUCCUGGAUCAUCCAGCGUCUUAUCUUUUCGAUACAAGAUUCCAUCGCACAUAAAGCGUCUUCCUGUGACGCACUUAAACGUGGCUUGAAAUUGAGGUAGGGCUGUGCGUCGUCGGCAUAACCAUGUGAGUCAGGAAGCUGAUCGUCAGUUGUUUUAAUUAAACAGCCUGGAUGUAUAUAUAAUAAUAAGAAGCUAAGGUGACCCAAGCACGACCCUUGUGGAACUCCUGAGUCCAAAUCGAAACGUUGGGAUAGUAUACCUUCGAUAGAGAUUUGCUGACCUCUGUUGUGCAGGUAUGACAUGAACCAACCCAAGACUUUUCUGUGAAUUCCAAACUCAUUUUGGAGACGGCGAAGCAAUAUUUCGUGAUUGACAGUGUCAAACGCGGAACUUAGAUCAAGUGUAACCGGUAAAGUAACUUCUCGCGAGUUCAUUUUUAGCAGGAUAUCGUUUGUAACUUUGAGCAGUGCGGUUUCAGUGCUGUGAUAUCGACGAUAAAAUCAUUGUAGCUCAGGAUAUAAAGAGUGGGCAAUCAUGUGCGAACGGAUCUGACUAAAUACAACUUUCUCAGUUAAUUUGGAGAUGUGCUGUAGGUUGCUUAUAGGUCUACAAUUCACGAAAAGUGGAUCUACUCCGACAAUUUUUAAGAAUGGGUGCACAAGAGCGCAUUUCCAGACGUCAGGAAACGUCCCGGAGUCCAAUGACAGAUUAAUUAUCUUGGUGAUAGUCGGUAAUAACACAUCGAUUAAGUCGAUCACCAGUGAGGUUGGUAUGGGGUCGACAGCAGAGUUCUUUUUUUCCACACUCUUUAACAAGCGUUCGAACAUCUUCUUCGGUGAGUGUGUUAAAGUUGCUCAGAUGAUCAGUUGUUUCAGAUGCGUUAUAAACUACCAAUAUACUCUUUCGUUUCACCGACGUCUGUUGUUGUAAUCUCAGUUUUAUAAACGAUGCUUUUCGUAAGACAAUUACCAUCGAGCGGGCAUCUGUCUUUGGUGCGGCAAUUACAGACAUCAAAUGAUUUGUUCUUUCUUACCAGCAAGGGUGGGUUGACUACAAAAUUUUUGUAGUUCGCUAUAACUACAGCUACUUCAAAAAUAUGUAGUCAGCUACAACUACUGCUACUUUUGGACAAAGGUAGUUCGCUACUGACUACAGCUACUGCUUAAAAAUUGUAGCCAACUAUUUCGCUACACUAUAUUUUUUAGUUUUACUGUAUUUGGAGCACCUACUAACUCAGGCAGUAAUGUAAUCUAUAACAAAUCGACUUACGAGUCACAACAGUAAACACUAAGCAACGUUUUUGUAAGCACUACAGUGUUCAGGAGUGCAAUUGAGUAUUGAUUUUAAACAAACCGUGUCCCAAUAUCAUGCUAUUCUAUCAAGUUGCUAACAAUUUUAAAAAGUAGCGAAUAGCGAUUCGCUGUUUGAAAAGUAGUCAACUACUUGGCUACUUUUAGGCAAAAUGUAGUUCGCUAUAACUAUAACUACUGUCUUAAAAAAGUAGUCAAAAACUACUGGCUACUUGAAAAUUGUAGCUCGCUACAGUAGCGAACUACAACUACUUCGCUACAACCCACCCUUGCUUACCAGUAGGUGUCGAUUGUGGUUGGAUAUAGUGUUGGUCAUGCAGGAAUAACUCACUUUCAUGGUGUUCCGGUUAAUGAUUUUAUGGAGUUGAGUUGAGUUGAGUUGAGUGUGGGAAGUGCACGUUGGUUUUCACGUUCUUACUGAAGGGUGGAUUGAACAAUAUCACCUUUCUUUGCUGUUUUUUCCUGUUUGUUGUUGGGGUGUCGCCGGUACUAUUGGUUGAGUAUUGGAGUUUGACGGUGUAAUUGCUGCGGUGAAAUGCGUCUUCGUACAAUGUACGGUGCUGAUGAAUCAAAAGAUGAUUGAUCAGAGGAUAAGCUGGAUGUCUUUUGUUUAUGGAUAUUGGCAUAUGCUUGAUGAUAGAAGGGAGGUGAUUUGAAUAUGUAGAGAGGGUCGUUAAUCGGUUUUCUGUAAGCUGAAUAUCUUUCUGUUUGCAAAUUAAAGGUUACGUCCAAGUAAUUGACGAUUUGGUUAACUUCGGCAGUAAUCUUAAAACCAAGUUUGUGAAAUAUGCAAUGUAGAGAUUUCGAGCUUUGCCUGCCAAUCUUUUUUCGGCAAAGUUAGUGGAAAUCUUUCAGUUGUUCCAGCUUCUCAUCGUAAUUUCCAUUUACUCCUUUCUUGUUCUUUUUUUUUAAAAAAUAUGUAAAUGUUAUAUGACGUAAACGCCUCGAUGAGCUUCACAGCUCUUGGGCAAACGUCAUUAUUAAUAAAUAUAUACGUUUAAAUAAACAUUAAGCCAUCAUCUCGAUAUGGUCCAAUAUUGUUCUUUCCAAAUUUCUCUGAAAGCUUAUUCAAAACACGCCUGACAAAAAUGCAUGCCAAAGCGCUAACGUGCUUCAAUUUAUUUAAUUUUCAUCCUGUUUCUACAAAAUUUCGCAUAGAGAUAGAACAUGUCAUUCUUAGAAAUCGUAUGUUUUUUGUUUUUUGAAUUGCUACAUUUUUUGCGGGAAAAUUACGUCACAAACUUGCCGCUAAAAAACAGUUAGCUAUUGUUAAUUUUAUGCACUUAUUCGGUAGCUGACAUUGAGAGAGUCUUAAAACUGAAGUCUGUUUCGAAAUACAACCAUUCCUUGCGAAGAUACCAUUAUUCAAAUUUCUAAAUAUGGGCCAUUUUCUUCUAUUUUUAGCAAAAAAAUGGCCGAUUUUUCGACAUUUGUACCGAUAUAUCUUCGCGAGAAAUAAUUGUAUUUAGAAAGGGAGUUCAGUUUUCUGACUCGCUCAAUGUCGGCUACCGAAUAAGUGCAUAAAAUUAGCAAUAGCUAACUGUUAUUUUUUUAGCAGCAAGUUUGUGACGUCAUUUUCCCGCCAAAAAUGUAGCCACUCGAAAAACAAAAAACAUACGAUUUGUAAAAAUGACGUAUUCUAUGUCUGUGCGAAAUUUUGUAGAAAUAGGAUGAAAAUUAAAGAAUUUGAAGCACGUUAGCGCUUUGGCAUACAUUUUUGUCAGGCGUGAAAUGAAUAGUCCGACAAGCUCACAUAUCGCGGCCCCAUCAUAACUUCACAUUGUCACGUUGAAUAGAGAUUGGUUGUUUCUUUUUACCCACGUUUUUUCGUCAUAUAUAAAAAAGUAAGGAUUUACUUGCGUGCUUAAUAAUAAAAUGCGCUGUCACGUAAUGUCAGUUGAUGUUUGGGCCCAUGAAAUAGGAAGCUUUAGAUUUGACUACGAGUUUCCCCCGAGCCGACGGCGCGAAACGGUGCGAUGGUACUAAUUCCCCUCGGCUAUUUACACCCGAAGAAACGAAAGCAUUAGCGCAGAUAGUGCGGGGUCGUGAGCUUUUUCAGCAAAUUUUGCUUUUCGAUGUUUUGCUUACAAUUUCUAAGGAUGUUGAAGUUCACAGCAUUGUGAUUCGCUGGUUUUUGAAAGCAUCAGGGGUUUUUUCGUUGGAACUUGCAGGCUAACUCUUCAACAACCUAAUGACUGUUUUUAAAGCAAAGCAAUUGAAAGGAACACUUAUAUUUUCAUACGAAGAAGAUGAGUGGCGACAUUUAUGUUGGACUGUUUUGAGCAGAUGCUUCGAAGAACAUGAUAUAAUCGGACCUUGUAUCUUAAAAGUGUACUUGCAACAGCCGAACAAAGUGGUAAAUUUUGUUACCCGUUGUGUUGGGCAUCAUAAUUCACAGGAAUAGUGCACAGCAGGGUUUAAACUGGCUAUGAAAUAUCCUGAAUACUUCGUCGAGUUCUCUACCGCCAUGUGACCUGUAGUUUAAUGUGACACGCGUCUUUGAAAGGGCUUUACUUGACUUUAAUCGACGUGUAAGGUAUAACUUAGGUAAGCCAACAUUUCUUUGUAAUGCAAGCUACAUUUUCAUAUCUUUAAUGUGUGAAUAUUUUUAAUUUUGUAAAAAAUUAAUCGCAAUAUGUUGUUGGAAAAAGUAUCGAGUGCUUCAUAAUAACGUUCAGAUCUUGUAUACAGAUAUUCGUAUUUUAUUCAAAAUCUACCCUUUAUCACCACUUUUUUAUUCUUUUAUGUUAAAGUAUACAUAAUCCUUGACUUAAAAACACGAUGAUCUACUCGAGGAAAAUUGGGCAAAGGGGCGAUCUUUGCAGAGAAACUUGACCGUUUGGUGAAAUUGGUAGUUCAGAGACCCUAUUUUCAUUGUAGUAUUUCGUGGCAAUUUGUUGGCCGAUUUCUAGUUUAUAUUGUAGAACGGGUUCCUAGUGAGUUAAAUUAAUUGUCUAUCCUCUACAGAGUAGUAAUAAGCGCGACUCCUUUUUGUUGACGGAUGUUGAAUUCAUUUUAGACUUUUGUUCAUAAACAACAACUACACUACCGAGUACUAAAUCACUGUUUGCAAAGAAAUGAGCCUAUAUCACCACAAAAAUUCAAGCUUAUUUUUAGAGUCAAAUAGUUUUCCUUCGAUAAAAGUAGUUUUUAUGGAGUGAAAAAUAGGGCAAAUACGAAUUUAAAGAAGGUCUAUUUGCACUUGUAUAUCUCACUUCGAAAAGGAUAUACAUAUUAAUUAAAAACAGGUAUAUUUGCACUGCGAAAUUAAACUGCAGCAACAAUGUUUUUAUUUCUACUUUCAUGUUCUUAUUCCAAAGCAAACACUUCUAAGUUGGAAAUGCCUAAAAUUGUGAGCGUUGAAACACUAAAGAAACAAGAAAGCGACUUCAUAACACGAGUAGUUUUUGCAAAUUUGAUGCUUGUUUUUAUAAUUCAGUCACGCGAUUAACCCGCGCUCACGUGCACUCCACGCUUACGUUUCUCGCGCAUGCGUAGACGGAAGUCCAUCCUGUUUAGCGGAGUCUAAAGUUCAUCAAAUAUCGCGGGCGUGGGUCACCAACGGUGUUGGGUGGGUGGUCAUCCUCACUGACCUCAAAAAUAUGGCGAACUGUCAUGAAUACUGCAGUAAUAAAUUUACGUGGUGUUUCCACAAACAAAAACAAUUAUAUUUUAUCGCCAUGCAAACAUUCAAAGAACUUAAUAUAAGUUUGUUUUAAAUAUUGAUUUUAUAAUGGCUUUAAAACCCGACGGCGUUUGCGUAUAUGAAACAACUAAACAAGACAGAAUAUAAUUUCGCUCAGUGUAUCUUUAAUAUUGAUUCACUUUUUUAUUAUAUUGAAUUUUUUAAAUGAAAAAGAAAGCAAAGUUAUUUGCAAGCGAGAAUUUGAAAUCAUUUUAUUGCAAACUCAAAGUUUAUCGAUAAAGCCAUUUAAUUAAAGGCAGUUUAGUUAAACAGCACUUUAAAACGUUUUGCGAAGCAUUUGUGGUUGAAUUUUACCUUAUAUUGAGGCUUAUAUUACGUAUAAUAACAUACCUAACAUAUAUAUGUUGGGAAAUUAAUAAUUUUGUAAUUAAAAGUGAUAUUUUUAGGCGAUUUUUCAUUUGUAAGAAUAUUCUUAAAGAAUUAUCGUGUUACCAUGACAACUAUUUUAGAACUUCGUGUUCGGAAAAUACAAUGGUUUUGUCAGCAAGGCGAGGGUUUCUGCAUGCAUGUAUUUUCUAGUCUAAGUUUAGAUAUAGGUAAUGAGAACCAUAUGCAUAUUGGUGUCCGAGUAAUAAAUUUAUGCCACAAUAGUCCCUAAAUGUUAGAUAAGAAAUGUAGUGUGAAAUAUGAUAGUGUGAUGGCCUGGUGUUGUUUGCACAACGUAUGCUUGUGAAAAAAUGUUGUAUUUGAUAAAACUGAGAAAAAACUCACUUCUAUAUGUAUAAAUGUGAACCUAAGAAAUAUAAGUGUAGGUGUAGACUUAAAUUGGAGAUGCGUGUGUGAAAUUGUAACGGAAAAUAUCCUGUGGUGUAAAAAAAAUUGAUCAGACCCAAUGAGUAUGAUCGCGCUGUACUAAAAAGCUUGUAUGGAGGCAUGUAAAAAAUAUAAAGCGAGAGAAGGAGAUAGUCAUGUGUGUAAAAUUCAGUAUCACUGUACGCGGCGUUUCGUCCUUUACGGACCCGUCAGCAGGGAUUGGGGUUGGCACAUGUAUAAGAAGGAUAGAAUACAGAAACCGAUUUGGAUUACAGAGUGAAUAAACAUAAAAAUAGCAAAAUAUGUGCAUGAUUAUUGUGAAAUAAAUGUAAUGUGUAAAGUGUCUUACCAAAUUCGCUGAUAUUUUUUGUCAAACCAAUAUGUUGGGUCAUGAUUGUAAUCACGAAUGGAUGUGGUAUAACUAUAACGUUUAUAUAGAGCGUCUGUAUGCAGCUGUAUAAAUUGAGUGAGUGAGUGAGUAAGAUGAACAGUACAUAUGGGUGUUUAGGUUGUUGUAUGGAUUGAAGGGGUGUUGAAGGAUUAUUUUGGAAAUUGUAGGAAAGGAACGUCUGAUUAGGUUUAUUGUUAAUGGCUUGGAACCAGCUGAUUACGGAUUGUGUGUUCUUCCACUGAUUCAAAUUUAAGGUUGAUCUAAUUUUGUUGUUAAUGUCAUCGAGUAUUGUCUUGCUAACUUUUCCAAGUUCGCUUUUCGAUGGAUUAAUUUGGCGGCAUUUGGGGUUAGAGUCGAAAUUCUCUUUAUAGUCUUUGAGAGUUAUGAAAGUGUUUCUUCUCGCCACAGGCGAACAGGUUUUUGAAGGCAGUCCGAAUGUGUCGUACUCUUUAGUCUUAGGCUCGCCAAUCGCCAUUAAGAAAGUAAUAAGCUUUCCAUCGCCAUUACCAGAAAUAUGGGACAUUUUGCUCCCGCUUUUGUAGUCAGCGGUUAAGUCCGUUUUAUAUGCCCAACAUUGCCUAAUAUAAGUAAACCGACUUCGCAUUUUACUUUGUAUCUCCAGUUCAAGUAUUAUUCAACCAAAAACUGUGAUUUUAAACUAUAUUUUGCAGUUUUUCUGAUCACUUCCGGUAUUUUGACCUUUAAUUAUUAUUAACCCCGCAAAUUUUUAUCAAGACUAAAAAUAUUGCAAAUAUCCCAAAAAAUUCUAAAAUAUCCCUGUGUUUUUACGUGUGAGCCUGGGAUCUUGUCUUUAAAAACAAACAAAAAACAUGGCUGCUCGAAACAGCUCAAAUUUGUAUUAAAACUUGUCGUUUUCGGAUAUUAAGAUGGCCUAAUGGCGACAUACAAGAAGUUAAGAACCGUAAAAAGGCGAACUUUUAAACGUUUCGGGAACUACAAGUUUCCCUGGAAAUUACAGCGGAUUUAUUUAGCUCAACUAACAGUUUGGACAUAAUUAAAUAUAUCGCGAGCUCCGCACUUUGCAUCGUCCGAAUGGAUCUUGGUCUAUUCGUCGGAUAUUUACCUCUUGUGUCACAAGUUUACUAUAGGAGUUUCUAUCGCAAGGAAAGUGCUGCCUUUUUGCCACAUGAACUGAAUGUAAACGUUUAUACUUCUAGACAUGCAAUUCUCUAAAGGGAAGUUUACUUUUAACCCAAUGGCCUCAUUUCCACGUUUCAUCAUUGGUGGCAUGGCAAGCCUGCACAUGAAGGUUAUAUCCCCUAUGUUUCCUGCACAAAUUUGUUUCUCGUUCAUCAUUUAAGAUCAAUCACAUGAACAUCUUCUUAACUCUUCAGAAUUUGCUUAGAGUCAAUGUGAGUAAAAUACUCCUUCUAUUGAAGCGCUUUCAUGCCGAAAGUUUCGUUUGAAUACGGCACAGAAUAGAAAUAUUUAUUUUGAAUUUUUCAAAAUAUCGGGGUUUUACUCGCACGCACGCGCCAAGUGUAUGCUUGGCUAUAUGUAGCCCGAUGCACGUGUGAACCAUGCCACUGCAUUACUGGGAGUACUUUGACUUGUAGAAUCGAUUCCCGGUUUUUCCAAACCCUUAGGGCCAGGAUGUAAACAGCGCUUUGUUUUGAGAACGUUUGACGGGCCGCGCGAAAAAUAUAAAUACUAUUUAUUUAUUUAUUUCUGUAAGUAUCGAAAUAAGAGGUGAAAAUGCGAAGACACAAACUUGAAAAUAACACUCUAAAUAAUGUUUUGGAUUCCGGUUCGAAUAAGACUAUUACGAAAAAGAUAUGUCCAAAGGGGCCAAAGUUAUGUUCGGCGAAAUGUAUGGCUAUUUUACAUUGUUCGUUACUAUGAAAUAUGAUACCAUAUGGACCUUAAUACUUGUAUAUUCGCGUCGUAUAACUCAUUUUCGCUAGCUUUAAAUUCGGGCCAUUUAAUUUCGCGCACCUUGUUGAGACGUAUUCACUCAGCUUUAAAUUCGCUCAAGUAAUUUUCCGUGUUCGUUCUUUUUGCUUUGUUUUAUAGCAAUAUUCAUGAAAUAAAGCGUGCGUUUAAAAUACCAACAAGAAAUAAAACAUUUAUUGUAUGGUUCUCAUUUGCCUAAUACAAUAACAAUAACAUAUAUUAACAAUAACAAUUAUCUUUACUAGCAUUCCCAUAUAUUAUAGGUUCAAUGGUUCAUAAGGCAAAAUCGUCUCGAUAACAUGUUUAUUGGCAAAUGAACUAUAGCCUCUAUAGUUGAAUGAAGAUUUCAAAACAUUUUACGAAGCGUUUCAAGUUAAAUUUUACAUUACAAAAUGCUAAAUAAUAUACCUACAGAAUAUAAUAUGGAAAUUUAUUGUUGUAUAGUUAAAAGUACGAAUCGUUGAACUAUUUUGCAGUUUUGUACAAAAAAUAUGAAAAAUUAAAAACUUAAGAAUAUCGUGUUGUCAUGGCAACACUUGAGCGCGAGCCUGCGUUCAGUGGGCUAUUUCUAAAUACUUCAUGUUAAUUUAAUGUUUGAAAAAUAUUGGCGAGGGGUUACUGCAUGCAUGUAUUUCUUUAGUUAAUUAUUAUUCAUACGAGGUUUUUUCUGAGAUUGCAAAAUUUUCAUUCUUAUUAUUUCUCUUGCCAGACAAAUCCACAAAAUCUUUGGUGUAGUGACGUCAUUUACAGGCACUUACAAAGCAAAUGAAUGGUCAUUGAAAUUGUCACCUUACAACGGCACAGCAGAUAAUGGUAAGUAAAUAGUCGUUAGGGGGGGCUCCUAUUAUCUGGACAUGGGUGUUUUAUUAGAAACUAAUGCACUCGUAUUUUCCAUAUUUUAUUAGUAAGUGAGAUACAUAGAGGAUAUUUCACGGUGGCACAGAAAUAUGACUUUUAUUUUCGAGUGGUGAUCGUGAAAACAAUAUUUUGCGAACGAGCGCAGCAAGUGAGUAAAAUAUUGUUUUCAACACGACAAAAUAAAAGUCAUAUUUCCAAAGCCACCAUGAAAUGUUCUUUUUAUUAUAUGGCCAAAAUAAAUUUCAUCAAGAUGUUUUGUAGCUCACCGUACGGCAACAAUGUUAUGUCUCUCCGCUCGUUUAUCGAGGCUAAAUAGUCGCUGAAGAUCGCCAAAUGGGACAUAAUCUUCCUUUUUGUGUUUUCAUUUUCAUUUUUUGUGCAGAGUUUCUUUGAAACUGUGCACUAUUGUGAUGAGUGGGAAAAUUCACAUCAGUCAGUCAGUCAUAAUGCUAACUUUCCGGGGGGUGUAUUAUGUGUAUACGAUUUAUGUUUGUAGUGAUUUAUUGUGCUUUUAAGGUCAUUUAGGCAAUUUCAGUUGUUUUAUUUAAAUAUUCUUUUGCCCUUUUACCAGAUUCACAAAAAUUUCGAGAAAUCGUUAUCGUUAUUGUAAAUUUUCGUAAAUUUUAUAACAUUCGCUUCUCAUGUUGUGUGAAGGAUCUUUCCCCCGGAAACCCAUUUUUUCUUUAUGAACGCAAAUGCGCAUGCGCUAUCAAGCCGUAGAUCACGAUGGCGAGAUAGCCUGCGUAGCGGCUCUCAGAGAAAGUAAAGCCUGCACGAAAACCCCUGCUUUCCCGUUUCCGCCCACUUAGCCUGCGGGCUACGCCCACUUUAAACAGAUGUCAAAAUUGGCCAAUCACAUGUUUACGUUUGCAAAUUUACUUAUCAAAAUAGAUAGCUGUAUGUUCGCAAAUUUCAAAACGAAAUACUGUAAUAUACGGAUGGCGGCUAAAAAAAAUAGAAGUCUGUGGGAAUAGCGCUAGGCCUAGGGCAAUCCAGGGAUGGAUCCAGCAUGAUCUGGUAAGGGGGGUGCAAAUUUUUUAGGGACCCCUAUUUAAAAAGAAUUUCCGGAAAAAUUUUCGGAGAACAAUGACCUCUCCCCCCCCCCGUCAACGACUUUUUAGGCAAAAAAAUUUUUCGAACAAGUACGUUGCAAUUACCCAUGACUUUACCCGUCUAUCAACUUGUUCCACUACUGCAAAGUCUUGCUUGACUACAGUAUUUGAAUUGUAAUUGCUGUUCACAGUUCGCUUAUCAUCAUGUUAUUACUCAAAUUACUGAAUCUCAUUUUGUCUCUAAUAAUUUUUUGCUUUAUCAUGAAAAAUAGCACCCCCUCUGCACCCCCUUGGCCAUGGCUAGGGGGGGGGGUGCGCAUCCCCCAGUAAAUCCAUCCCUGGGGCAAUCUCCAUCGUUGUCACAAGUAGUUUGCAGUCCAUAUCUACGAUAUUCGUAGCUUUCUCGCACACGUACAAAUAUAAUUUAUAGUUUCGACAGCGGUCAACCGUGAUGUAUUAAAUGUUAAGUUUCUAGCGAUGCUGAGAAGAGAAUAUUAAAGGUGUUUAAAGCAAUCACUUCACAGAGAGCAAGUCCUGUUAAUAAGACAUAAGCAUUUAUAGCAAUUCUCUCCUGGCACAGAAUUAUUAGCUACAAAAUCAUGAAGAAAAGAUCUAUUUGUCGUCGAUGAAUUUUAUUAAUAUGAAAACGAACACGCUCGUGAGUUGUGAAAGAGGCGCUGCUAACAGACAGCAAUCCAACGAAGACACCACAGUCAAUAUCUCUAGAGCUUCGUGAACCAAGUUCGUAAAUACCUUUAAUGUUCAACUGUAAAUCGUGGCCUUUAAUAUUAAAGGACAUUGGCAACCAAAAUUUUUAUUACUUAUAUCUAUUAGGUAUACUUACGGAAUAUUUAAUAUCAUAUUUUGGCCGGUUUGUCGCGUUUAGUUGCUGAGAAAAUUUGAUUGAAUUUGAGAAAAUUUGAACAGUUGUCCGCCAUUUUGAAAAUAAGCGCGUAUGCUAAUUUAUGCCACAAAAUACAUUAUCUGACGUCACUGGCUGGGUAAACACAAUCUCAUGACUAUAAACAAUACCGUGUAUUGCCACGCGUAGUGCAUUUUGAGCCAAAACAAAAGGCAAAAAAGUUUUACCAAGUAUGUAACUUGUUUGUAACAAUAUUUCUGAUAGUAUAUAUCCUGCUCCGUGUUAAAUAAGCGCAGAAAUUCGAGUGUAACAAGGCAAAUACUAAUGCAAUAUUUUAUGAUCAAUUACCUGUAUUGUAAAUUGCGCCAUUUCUUGUUUUCCCAGUCGCUCGAUAUGUUUUUAUCUGAUAGUGUAGACUUCUCUUGUUUGAUUGCGAAGAGUGUUGGCCAGUAUAACGCUCAAAACGACAUAUUUUUAGCUAACAUAACACGCACGCAAUAGAAUUCUCUCUUGUAGUUUUGGUGCUACCCUGCCAAUGACGUCACAAAGUUCAUUGACCUUCGAGAUAAUUUUUCAAAAAUAUUUUCCAAGAUGGCGGCGAAACUGGCCGAAACACAAAGUUUGCAUGCAUUUUACUCGUAGACUAAAAUGUUCAAGACGGAAAUGAUAAUAUUUUCAUAGUUCUGUUGUCAAGUAGGAUUGAAAUAGCCAAUAAAAAUUUUCGUUGCCAAUGUCUUUUAAGCUUUUUUUGAAUGCAAAACUCAAAGAAACGCCUCUCAAUAAUACAUCCGCUAAUCUGCCGUGUUUGUAUGAAUUUAGCAUAAAUUAGCAUAUUUUUUUCAUUUUGAACCAAUCAGAUUUCUCGUCCUCUGAGAGAACGAGUAAAUACGGCAAAGCAAGGGGUUUCAUACAGGCUCUACUUUCUCUGAUAGCCGCUACGCAGGCUAAUGGCGAGACGAUGCUAAGAACGAGCGCUGGAGCGACACAGUUUUGUUUUCAAAUUAUAAACAUUUUAGAUGUGAAUAUUGAGUAAAUCUUUGAGAAUCUACGCAAUAUAUAGAUUGAUGUUAUGCAUUACGGGCAUUCAAUUAAAUACCGAUAGUAUUUUGACGGUAUAUUCGUUAUACAAAGCUAGGAGGCAGCGAGACAAGUGUUGUUUUGAAAUGUACAAACAUUUCAGAUGUGUAUUAAUAUAUUGAGGAAAAUCUUUGAGACUCUACGCAAUGUAUAAAUCGAUGUUAUGCAUUACGGGCAUUCAAUUAAGUAUCGAUAUUAGUUUGAGAUCGCCUCUUUUUUACGUUUCCGUGUUUUAGAUUUAUGGGGGUUUUUAAUGGAAUGCAACGUUGUAGUGCUUAUUAUUCAGAACAGAUCUUAUACAGCUAUUUCAAUUAAAGUUGUGACUGGGACAACAGUCAAAUUUACGCAAUAUGGGCGCUAAAAUGGCAUUGGCAAUAAUCAUAGACUUAAAUAAGUUUAGCAUAUCAGUAGCCUUGUGGGGAUACUUACCACAACAUAAAUUGUGUCAGUUCCAUUCCUGACGUGUUAGGCAUGUUUCAAACGUGGGGUUAUUCGUGUGCCGAUAAAAAACAAUAGAUGAGUAAAAUGCCUAUUGUAACUGUUUAUUUCGUGGUGUAACCUAUCAGCUUUUCUAGGUUUGUCGGCGAUCCUAUAUAAUUAUUGCAGUGUCUUUCAAUUUCAAACUUUACAAAAUAACAGAAAUUACGCCUUGUCACUAUAAUAUUAUAUGAGGAAAUAAAUAAUAUUACGUAACUCUCGUUAUUCUUAAACCAGAUCUUAGCCUUUUUACUGUUGUAACAGUUCCGCCAGCUACUGCAACAUGUGAUUAAGGCUAUAAACCACGCUUGCAAAGCUAUUCAAUUUAUAAGCAUGUCUUAUAGCAUCCAUCUUUGAAACUCUACACUAUCCUUGGAUCCCUAGUCUUCAGAACACCUUGCCAAAUCAGCAUCGGAAACAUCAACAAAAUGUCGAGAAGUUGCCAUAUUGUAUAUUCAAAACAGAAACGGCAAAAUUGCGGGAAUUAGCGUGGGUCCGGCGCGAGACGUUCCCGCGUAAGAUAUGAUUUCAUAUUUCACUAUACUGAAAUACGGGAAAUAUCGAUCAGUGGCGCAUUUUACGGUAUUUUACUCAUAUCCAUAUAAUACAAAAAAAUAUGCAAGGUGUGUGUUUCCUCGCGGGACUCUGGCAGAAUUUUUUUCUCGCCUUGUAAUCUGUUGUUAGUUGUUGUUUUUUUUCGAAACUAUUUCAGUGAUGAGGAUUUAGUAAGUUCUUGUAAAGAAAGGGAAAUUAGAAUAAAAAACAGUGAAAUAUAAGCACUUUAUGAUUUGAAAUUCAUUCUGGAUCGGAGUAAUAGGCUCAAUAAAUGAGGCUCAAAAAUAAUAUUGAUUAUUGUCUAUACCGCUUGAACGUUGUGCAUCUUGAUGAACUUUAAAUUUUGCUAUGGAAAAGAAGCCACGUCACGUCAAGUUAAAUGACAAAGGAUCAGUUUCAAAGCUUCAAGAAAAUAAAAAUGAAAUACGACUGCGAAAACAAUCGAAAGAGUGCCGAAAAUUUCAUUGGUCAUUUGAAUAAACAAAUGAGUGUUCAUUGUGGAAUUAACCUUCAGCAGUGGUGCAUGAGUAUGUUUCCCGACAAAAUUUAGUUGCCUUCGUAAAUUUGCUACCUUUUCGCGUCGACAAAGACCAAAUUCAUGGCGGCAAAACUAUUUCAUUGAGUGUCAUUUAAACAAAAAUUAACAGAAACCGAGUCAACCAAUGUAAAAAAUAUCAAAUUCUCAUGGCAUUGAAUCAUACGCUCGGGUGGGCAAGACAACCAUGUAAGAUCAUGAAUGCAGAUUAGCAUGAGCACGACUUGCAUUUUCUUAAACCGAUGUGGUACAAUUUCGCAAUGAUUCGAUUACCAAGCGUUCUCAUCCAUCAAACGCACUAUUUUUGUAUAAUGCAUGUUUUUCCAGGAACCAGAACAACCACAGCUAUCCUCCCCACGGCUUCACCAAAAAUCCGAAGGACGAAAUGCUUGGGCAGCUAUUGUUCUAGCUGGGGAGGCAUGAAAGCUUUCUGCAAAGACGGAUACUGUUACUGCAGUGGCACACACUACGAUUACGAUACCUGUUUGCGUAAGUUGUUUAGUUGUUGGUUUUAAUUUGAAGUAAUUGUGGUUACUUAGCUUGAGCAUCGUGUCUAAAUCUUGUAAUGUCCAUUCUGUUAUAUCUUGGGAAAGGUUGUGAAAUCGUGCAAAGUUAUUGCAAGAUCUUUCAAAGAUCCUACAAGAUCUUGCCAUGUUAUUACCAUAUCUGGAUCUUGAUGAGAACAUGGUAAGAACAUGGCAAGAUCUUGACAAGAACUUAACAUGACAAGCAUAUAACAAAAACAUCAAAAGAAAAUGACAAGAAGAACAUGCCAAGAACAUGCCAAGAACAUGACAAGAACGUGACAAAAACGUGACGAGAACGUGACACGAACGAGACGGGAACGUGACACAAAAAUGACUAAAACAUGACAAGAACAUGUCAAGGUCGUGGCAAGAUGCCAGUUCUUGCAGAAUCUCACAAAGCCCGUAGAGGAUGUCUGAUGGACUUGGCAAUUUUAUGUUCAGAUCUUCCAUGAUCAUUAAUCUAAGUAGAUAAUUAGUCAAGUUAUUUUAUUUCACCAAAUUUCGGGUAAUUAUUCAUAAAGCAUUUUAAUAUAGCACAGUCUUUUUCUUGCCCUAGCUGAUGCCUAUGGAUGUAAAAUUGUUUCAAAUUCUGAUACCACCUACACUUGUACUCCUGAUUACAGUUCACCUCUGUACGAGGUUCACGUAUUGAGUGUGUACGAAGUUAUCAACAGGCGUCCUCCAAGGGCUGGUAAUGCUAGGGUCAAUUUCAUCAGUCGUGGAAAAUCCAACAGACCUAUUGUUCUUGUGCUCGUUAGCUACGAAGCAGUGAACUGGAUUCUUAAUAUACCAUCUAACAUUACCAUCAGUAAAGUUAUCCUGGUUAGUAAAAAAUACAGUAAACAUGUAUGAUAGUUUGCGCUCAGGCAUGACUCAUGAGUUCAAAACGUUUGGCGGACAAAUCAUAUACACUAGGAGUAGGACCUUCUGCUAUGAUCUCGCGUUUGUUGAUUGUUAUAAAUACAAACAUAGGCUUUGAAAGUAUGUACAUAAAAAGAAAUCACCACGUACCCCACCUAAGUGUUAUCAUAUACGAAUAGAAAACCCAUAAUCUUUCUUGCUUCGGGUUUUGUACAUAUUAAGCGCUUGAUGUUCAAUGAAGUUGUACCUUCGUAAUUGUUAGUCGCUAAGAAUUAUAUGUUAAAAUGUCUAAGUGUAUUAUUUAUCAUUUUGUCAAGCUUCAAAUCCUCAUAUUCUCUAUUCGCAAUGUAUAUUUUUUAUCUUUGUUAAUAUUUUUAUUUAUAAUUCUUAAUACAUAUAUUAAUGAAUAUUUUUUGAAUAUUAAUAAAUUUAUUUACAUAUUUACUGUAUAAUAAAAUUAAUAAAACGAUUUGUCAGAAUUAUGUUUAAGCGUUUGUUAGUUAUAACUUUGUCGAUAUAUAAAUUCUCUUAUUUGUAAUUCUUAAAUUGUUCAUGUUCUGUUGUGUAGGUGUCUUAUUAUAUACUAGAAAGUUCCGUUAGUGGUGGCAUAAUUCGCGUGAAAAAUAUUGAACGAAUUGGAACGAGAAAUUCAGAGUGGUCUUUCGGAUAUGGAAGUGAUUCGGGUGGAGGGGACACAGUUAAGACUCUGAAGUAAGUAAACACUCACAUUUGGAGAUCAAUUGAGGUUAAGGAGGCUCCCUACAGUUCCGUGCGAGAUGUUUGCGGGACAAGUACGUGAACUAUCCCACGCAACUGCAUGAUCAAAACAAAACAAAAAUUGACCAUGCUUUUUUUAAAAAUAAAGCUAUUUCUGAAAGGUUUCUAAUGGAAAAAAGCGUUGAAUAAUACUUCGUUUUGAGUGCCAAAUCACUUGCAUGUCUAUACAGCAAUUCUACAUAUGAUACGAAUAUCACUAGACCAAAAAAUAGCUACGAAACAAUAUUUUUUAAUUUUUUUAUACACUGUCAACUGACUCAAACAUUUGCAAAAUUGCAUACAAGCGUUUAAAAAGUUGUUUACUUCUCAAGAAAACGUUCAUGUUUUUAGUCGUGUUUCUACAAGAUUAAAGUGAUUAUAUGUAAGCAGAAAAAUAUUUCAGUUUCAUAGCCUAAUUGUUUAUCUUUAGCAAAAAGUACAAAACCAAACAUGAAACAAAAAAACACGUCCACCUGUUAAUAGGCUGUUACAGCUCAUAGAUUGAGUAAACGGCAGGAUUCAAUUAGCUUCAACCUUGUUUUCAUCGAUUUAAUCCUUCACAAUAAUCCUUGGCUGUCCAUAGCACUCAAAUAAAUCGAAAAGUUGACAAAAACAAAACAGUAAAAACAACAUUGCGGCUCGAUUUUGCUGAAUGAAAACUCGUUCUGCGUCCGCGUACAAUCUUUUACUAGUCAGCGACGCUUUUCAAUAGGGGAAUUUCUCGAGUUACACGAGGUUAUUUUCUAACUUUAUUUGCAUUUUACUCAUUAGUUUCAUCGGUGACCUAUCUUCAAAUUUUGACCACGAAUUUAUUUUGCGGUAAAUUUUAUAAAUUUCAAAUUUUAAAAAAAUCUGUAGUGUGGAAAUUUCGCAAUAAAUAUUUUCGCUUUUAAAAAAAUCACACACUACAGAAUUUUUUUAAACUUUCACCACAGUUGCAGAGCAUCAUUCCUUAUUGAUAUCUGAAAUAAAAAAGAUAGGUCACCGACAUCGUUUUUGAGAUAGCGGCACAUUUAUGGGUUAAAUUGGAAGCCUUUAUGCUGUCGUCAUGUUGCCAUGGGAACAUUGACAUUGUCGAAAUGUAGUUCGAAAUAUUCCUUAGGUGACCAAUAUUGCCACCAAGUCGAAAACAAUUCGCGUUCUGCACGAAUAAGCCUGUUUUACGGAAUUAUUGCUUAAACAAGAAUAACUGUAGGGAGCCACCUUAAAUUGCUGCAAUCUUGGACAAAACUCGUAAUAUUUUAUGAUAAAAAAUUAGUAAACUUGCAAUAUUGCUAUUAUUUGCUAGACAAAUCCACAAAAGGUUUGGUGUUGUGACGUCAUUUAGAGGCACUUACAGAACAAACCGAUGGUCUUUGGAGCUGUCGCCUUUUAACGGGAAUGUAAAUAAUGGUAGGUUUUUCUGGG